AUGAGUACAGCACCUACCGUGGUGACGGACCAAGCUGUCUACCUGGCCAAGGUUGCGGAGCAGGCGGAGCGCUAUGAGGAUAUGAUUGAGAACAUGAUAAGCAUUGCUUCUGAGGACCGCGAACUUAGUGUUGAAGAGCGCAACCUCCUAUCCCUAGCCUAUAAGAAUAGUGUUGGCCCUCGCCGUGCGUCCUGGAGAAUAGUCGUUUCGAUUGAGCAGAAUGAGGUGAUCAAGGGCAACUAUUCUGAGAUUACUCUCAUCAAGAAAUACCGCCAAAAGAUUGAAAGCGAACUCACCAUGAUCUUCGAGGGCAUUUUUGAUAUUAUAAACAUGCACCUGAUCCCCUUUGCUCAGUCUGUCGAGGCUAAAGUCUUUUACCACAAGAUCGGUGACUAUCAUAAGUAUCUUACAGAGUUUGCUACCGGACUCCGCCGCAAGGACUCCGCCCAGAAGUCGCUCGAGGCGUACGAAGCCGCUACCGAGGCCUUGGCUCUCAACUUCUCCAUGUUCUACUACGAGAUUCUCAAUGCGCCCGACAGGGCUUGUCAUCUGGCCAAGAAGGCGUUUGACGAUGCCCUAGCUGACCUCGAUACUCUUAGUGAAGAGAGCUACAAGGACUCAACAAUCAUUUUACAGCUUCUACGGCACAACCUUACCCUGUGGACCUCGCCUGAGGAGUCAAGUAUUUCUGAGUAA